AUGGUGCAACACAGACCUCCCGAACCCCCCCUAUCACAUUCUUAUCGUGCGGCCUUUGCCACUAGGUUUGACACUGAUCGCGUAGCUUCCCGCCAGAUCCUUGACCAUGGCAUGCAGAAUCGCAUCAUACGUGGCCUUCAGACCUCAGCCUGUGGCACUCCUCGCUGCACUAUGGAAGCUCAACAUUUGUGCGAAGAACUCUCUCUUCAGCGCUACUGGGCUGAAGACUUCGUCUCAAGAUUUCCCGAACAUCGUGGGGAGUUUGCAGCCAUGCAACUGAUACAAGCUUUACCUAUGGGUGUCCAAAAACCGCACUACAUCCAGAUAGGCCCACGCGAGGUCUCUGCUUCGGAGCAGAAUCCGAGCCAUUCACCUCGUGCAACGCAGUACCCCUCCGCAUUUCCUGCUGAAAAUAAGGGUGAAUCUCAUCCACAUCCUUCCGCCAUAGAAAUUCCCGUCACCUCGGACGACAAUCCACCGCUGAUGCCUCGUUCUCAUUGUGUUGAGCCGAUUGCCGACUUGCUUACCUUCGCAAUUGUUGGCAACGAAACGCCGGCACCUCGCCCGGCCACGCCAACCGUCAACCAUGGAGCCGACAGCUUUCCGAAAAAGGACUUGGGUGAACGGGAAUCCCAGGAUGCGCUCCAUAUGGCUGACACCAUUCAUGUUGCAAGUGAUUUGAAACCCGACGUUUCCCCCGAACAACCCUUUGAGCCAGCACCGAAUAUUCCUCUUACAUUUCUUGCCCAGCUCAAGGCUGGCGCCUUUGGUCACCAGUCCCAGUCACGUACCGUGAUAAUUAACAACCUCCCUAACAAUGUUGGCAUUGGUCAGGUCCUCGAGCAUGUCUGUGGAGGCCGCGUCGUCAAAGCUAUUCUUGUCAGCGUGGCAGGACUUCCCGGGUUGGGAGACAUGUCGGCGAUAAUUACUUUCGAGACGCCCCAGGCAGCGCAGAGGUUCAUGCAACUCGCUGCUCAACGAAAAUUUGGCUUCAAGACAAUCAAUGGUAAUCAUGUGGAGGCCUCGGUCGUGUCUUCUGGUGUUGCGUCGCACCCCUUCAAGCCUAAUGUAGGCAGGUUGCUCGAGAUGGGCUGCACCAGAUGCCUCCAGGUUGAUGUCCAGGUGCACCGUUCAAUUGACCCUUGCAGUGCCAACAACUUCGAUGCAUCCAAGACGCCUUUCACUGACUGUCGAACUUUCCCUCACGAGCUCGGCAAACUCAUGUCGGUCGACAAAGUCCCGAAUCGUCUUUCCAUGGGAUCGGCAGUCGACUCGUCGGUCAGCAAUGGCAGCCGACAGGUCGAUGACCGACAGAAGCAUGAGAUGCGCGAGAUUUACGACUUGGCUGGUAUGCCAUGGCCCCGAGGAAGCUCCGCGCGAACGCUACGCCGACCGAGAGCGCUCUGA